GCAAGCGUCUCCGGGCUGCCAGAAUGACUCCAGCUCUGUGCGCGGCGCCAGUUCAUGUCAUGUUCCGGCUGUGUCUCUGGGUCCCACGGCCCCCUACUCACGUGGCAACUGCUGUGGCUACUCGUCCAGGCGGCUCAGCCUCUGGAGUGGGUCCAGGACCCGCUGCAGCUGAUCUCCGACGCCCUGUGGCGGAUGAGCCCUUGUCUUCCCGCUCCUCCGGUCUCCCACCCGAAUCGCCCCAUGCGCUUACCCUCCCGCCACCUCGCAGACCCGGGGGCUUUGAACAUCUGGGGUCCUCUGCUUCCUCCCAGAUGUCAGCUCCGGCUCAGGAAUUGACUGAGACUUUGACCAAGACUUUGGUUCCAUUCCUGGACACGGAUUCAGUCGGAGAGCUGCCCCCGUGGCCACAGCAGUUCCUUGCUGCACACCAGAAUCUGAAUGACAAGCUGACUCGCAAGAAAGGCUCCCAGAGGUGGUCCCAAUGCUGGACUGGGAUCAGAACCAGGCCCUAGCUCGGCCUCUUUGCCUCAAAAGUAAGGUUAAAACUGCAAAUCUAGAUCAGGCUGCAGAUCAUCAGGCAUAUGAAAUACUUAUUCUACCUCUAGAUAGAAUUCAAAAGCAACGAAGCUUAUUGUUUGGCCCAAGAACCUGAAGAAA